AUGCGUCUGUUACUUUCGCUUGUACUUUUUCUUUCCCUGAGCUAUGACUCUCUGGCUGCACCUACAGCCCUUCCUCCUCAACAAAGAAGUCGGUCUUUUCGUGUUGAGCGAGUCAAGCGCAGCGACUAUAUUCCCAACGGACCCAAUGCCCUGGCCAAGGCGUACCGCAAGUUCGGCCUCGCCCCGACUACCUUCAUCGAUGUUGAUCUGAAUGACUUUGAGGCAUACAAUACCGCCAAAAGUGCCGUUUCUACGACUACUGGUUCAAGCGAAGACGACCAGACGGGAGAAGUCGCUGCGAAAUCUAUCAAUAGCGACGUGGAGUUUAUCUCGACCGUCACCAUUGGAGGUCAAGGUAUCCCGAUGGACUUUGAUACUGGCUCCGCAGACAUGUGGGUUUUGAACUCAAACAUGAAUUCAUCAUAUACAUCGGGCCAUACUGUCUACGAUCCCAGCAAGUCCACCACCUACAAGGCAGUCACAAACAGCUCUUUCGAAAUCUCAUACGGCGACAAUUCCUGGGCCAAGGGAACGGUCUGCAGAGACACUGUCUCCAUUGGCGGCGCAACUAUCACAAACCAAGCAAUUGGUCUUCCGUCGACCGUCUCAGCCUCCUUCGUCUCCGACACGAACUCAAACGGCCUGCUCGGCCUAGGAUUUUCAUCUAUGAACACAUUCAAGCCAGGUCCCCAAAAGACCUUCUUCGACAACAUCGCCCCAAACCUCGAAGAACCUGUCUUCACAUCCCUGCUGCGCAGCGACGGCGUCGGCGAGUACGAGUUCGGAAAGAUCGAUUCCAGCAAAUACACCGGCUCCCUAGUCAACGUCAGCGUCGAUUCAUCGAAUGGAUACUGGCAAUUCGAGUCGGCAUUUUUCGGUGUGGGAGGUGGUUCUUUGCAGACCCUGACCGGCAGUGUAACGACUGCUAUCGCCGAUACCGGUACUUCUUUGAUGCUUGUUCCCACCCAGAUGCUGGAAGCCUACUAUGGAAGUGUCACUAAUGCCCAGCAUUCGUCGAGUGUCGGGGGCUACGUCUUCCCUUGCAAUCAAGAUCUGCCUAAUUUGACUAUUGCGCUGGGUGACAAGUACCAGGCGACUAUUCCGGGCUCAUUCAUCAAUUUUGAUGAAAUUGGGACAAAUACUACGACUGGUGAAAAAGUCUGCUAUGGUGGCGUGCAGUCGAGUUCAGGCUCGAGCAUGAUGAUCUUUGGUGAUGUGUUCCUGAAAGCUUUGUUUGUGGUUUUCGAUCAGCGGGGUCCUUCCAUUGCAUUUGCUUCUCCGGCGUGA